UAUUUUUGGCAAUUUAUAAUAUUGGCAAUUUACGAAAUUGCCGAAUUAUUGGCGAAUUCGCGAAAUUUGUUGAGUGAACAUUUCUGAGGAGCAACAGUAAGAAGACACACAACUUUAGAAGAAACAACACAUUAACAAGAGAGGAAGAAGCAUAUAAGGUAUAUCCAACUAAUGUGAGUAGUGUGGCCUCUGCAGAAAUAUACCUAUCACCCAACCAUAUAUGACGCGGUGGUCAACGUGUUAAGUGUUCCGAAAAACAAAAUCAUCAUAUUUGAACUAAGGCAUAUAUUGGUGUUAGACCGUGCAAUUGAAAUGGCGAGCACAUCGACGCAGCAAUAUAGUAUUCGUUGGAACAAUUACCAUUCUAAUUUGUUAUCAGUAUUCGACGAACUUUUAAUAAAUCAAGCAUUCGCUGACGUUACCUUAUGUUUGGAUGAUGGUCAAUCCCUCAAGUGCCACAAAGUAGUCCUUGCAGCCUGCUCUACUUACUUUCAAGAUAUGUUUUACAAACAACCACAAAAACAUAUAGUAGUAGCACUAAAAGAUGUGGAUUAUUGUGAAAUUAAGAUUAUAUUGGAAUACAUGUAUCGUGGUGAGAUACAUGUGGCUCAUGACCAACUUGAAAGUCUACUGAAACUUGCGAAAUCAUUUAAAAUCAAGGGUCUACUCGACAUAAAUGAAACCUCCAAUUUGCCUAUACAAAAAGAUUACAGUAACGUGACGGCUACUACAAUAUCAUCACCAUAUUGUUCGCCAUCGUCACAACUAGUAUCCAACAUAACCAGCAGUAUCUCCCAUAACAUUAAAACAUCAUCGCCUAAUUCAAGUGAAAUGGAUGGCAGUCCACACGGACUUAUGAAAAAAUUGGAUCGUUCGGUAGACUCUGGACCGGAAUUCGAAUCAAGAACCUCAAAGUUUCUCCCUGGAACUAUGCCACCCCCGGAAGAAGAUAAAAAUCUUUUCUACCACUAUCAUUUACCUAUGCCACUGUUGGCCUUGUCAUCGCCGCAUUCUAUUCUUCAAGCUGUCAAUCCAAAUUCAGGUCAUUCCUCUACGCAAAGUAUCACUAUGAAUACUCCUGAGGAGAUAGGAUUCGAAGAGACCAAUUAUAAACGGAGGAAACGCAUAUUGCCGAAAUAUUCUUUGGUUCAGGACACACCGAUAUUACGAACAGUUUUGAACCAAAGACAUAUCGAUAGUUCACAACAACAAGCCUCACCGUCUAUGUCAUCGGAUAACAACGAAGCAAGAAGUGAUGCGAUAGUGUCAUUAAACGAAAGAGUUGUACGAGAGAGUAUGGCUCUCGCAAAUUAUGAAUCCUUAGAAUCUAGUUCUUAUGCCGAUAUGAUAGACGAAGACAACAAACAAUCACUACCUCCAACUUUAAACGAUAUGAAUACAAGUCACCACCACCACCACCACCAGAAGCCUGAAUGGAAACGUUACAAACAAUAUACGCGAGAGAACAUCAAUAACGCAAUCGAGGCAGUGAGAAAUGGAGCGAGUGCAUUGCAAGCAGCACGGAUAUACGGUGUCCCAUCGCGUACACUUUACGAUAAGGUAAAAAAAUUAGGGAUCACAAAUAACCGACCUUCGAAACGUAGCGCAAGCAGAUCUGAUGGGGCAAGUUUAUCUGGUAAUUUCGGUGAUAGUUCAAACAAUUAUGGCAGUAGUAGUGGCUUUGUGCCGGAAUGUGAUGAUGAAACCAGCAACAGUAACAACCAACAAGAGAAUACUUCGGGAACACAAGCUGAGACGAGUUUUGUCUCUGAUAUUAAAAUCAAAGAUGAAUUAAUCAAAUUAAAUAUAGACACUGAUCAACAAACUAGUCUAAAUGAAAGUCUUAUAAUAAAAGAAGAAGAAAAUGAACAUUAUCCAACUUACGAGGAUGAAAUUCAGGAUCUUUCGAUGCAUUCCAAAAAUAACAAAACUAUAACAACGUCUAAUAUAGAUGAGAAAAAUUCAGAUAAUUUGAAUCACAGCUAAUAAUUAGCCAUUUAACAUGUUAAACGCGGAGCACAUUUUUCUAUGCUUUGUGUUGUUCAAGCCUGUUAACAACAUAGUGACGAUGAUCAUUCGACGAGAUGUUCGAUUUAAAAUUAUAAACAAAACAUAUCGCAUUAUAUUGCACUAACAAAUGUUUGGAAUAAAAGCAUGGCUUGGCUGAUAUGUAGAAAUAUAUUAAGUACAAACAAUAUAUAAUCAGCAAGAGGCAUCAUUAUGCAAAAGGCGACCACAAAAUUAAAACUCAUGACCGGCUAAACGAAAAAUUCACUAUCAUGGACUGACGUCGCGCUUAACGUGUUAAAAAUUGAAACUGACGUGGAGAUUAACAUAUUAUAUAUCUAUAUUAAUACAAAGUAAAAGAGAGAGAGAGAAAGAGAGAGUAUAUAUAGUGCCUUAAUUAAAAACACACUAUUAGAUAUCCGGUUAGAUUUUGAAUUAAGGAUAUAAUCCAUCUUCUUAUAAGAAGUAAGAUAUUUAUAGUAAGUUCCGAGACGAACGCUGUUAAAAUAUUUUCCUUGUUGGAAUUCCGAGAUAAUAUCGAUAUGAUAUGUUUAUUAUUUCAUAAUAGGUCUCCAAAAGUGCUAAACAAAAGAAGUAAUAUAGUAUAAGUAGUAGAAACGAAAGGACCAUGAUAUUAUCAAUUAUCUCAUUAAUUUCUCAGGUAUAAAUAAUUAUCUUAGGUUUUUUUUCUUUUUUUUCUUUUUCUUUCUAAUAAUUACUCGUGCAACUUUAAUAUAGUGAUCAAAUUUAUAUUUAUUUGUUAUGCAUCAAUUUGACGUGAUGAAAUUGAACGAUUUCUAUAAUGUUUAACAUUAACAGUGGAAUUUAGAUUAUUCAAAUUACCUUGGAGGAAGGAAUAAUUAUCCAUUAAUAGAAAAAAAUACGACAAUUUUGUUGAAUGUAUGUUGUUCUUUAAAAAACAUUUAUCGAACAUUAUUAAACCUUAAUAUUUUAUUUUCUUAUACCAUGACGCUUUGAAAAUUAAUAUUUAAUCAUUUUAGAUUACAUUUCUUGAAACGUGGAGAUUUCAAUUGAAUUUUUUAUUUUAAUUUCAAAAUUCAAUUUAACAAAGAAUAGCUUCAAAUAGAUGAAUUCUAUAAACCACCGAAUCAGUGUAUCUGAGCUUUUUAUCAUUUUCCAUUUAGGAGAAACUCGUUUGCAAAUUUGUUCACACAAUAACAUGAUGUACAUAUUUUAAAUAAGUAAUAAUGAGUGAACUUGCCAAGAUAAUAUUUUCCUAACGAUGCAAUUACAGUUUUACUAUACCUUUAAAAUCAUUUAUAUAUAAAUGAUAUAUUGUUACAAUGCAAUAAACCUCGUUAUUGAUUUGUCUAAUGAAUCAUGUUAUUUAUAUAUAUCUAUCAUUUGCCUGAUAGAUUAUACUAUUUAUUUGUUGAACAUUUUCGCAUAACGGAGCAUUCAAAUAAUCAAAGUUCCACUGUAUUAGAAUUCGUCGAAUAUCAAACUUUAUAUUUAAAACUCAAGAUUAAUCACGAUUAAUGAUUAAACUCAAAAAGACUGAAUCAACGUCACAGAUUUACAAGACUGAUGAACGAAGUAAAAUGUGUUCAAACAAAAAAAGAACAUCCUUAAGACUUCUACAAUGAGAAAUAUUCUCUUUAGUUUCAUUAGGUCACUGAUAAGUUACUUUAGAAAAUUUUUAAUAUAAUUUAAGAUAAGUUACUUCUUUCAUCCUGUACAAAAGGACAUGCAAUAUUUGAAGAAAUAGAAAAAAAGAAUUAAAAAGAAAAGAACAAAAAAAGAAAAAAGGAUAGAAGAAGAUUUUAAACACAACUCUCUACCUCUCGCACGAAAUAAAACCGUUUAAGGGGAUUAAAAUUGAUCGCUUAUAAAAAUGCUAUUGUUUAUAUUUUUUAUAUUUUAUUUUAUUCUCUUUUUUUUUCAUAAAGAUUGAGUUUUUAUAUAUUUGUCGCGAAUACUAUAUCGAAUAGAACAGAAAAUACGUACGGUUUUUCUUGUUUUCUUUUUUGUUAUCGUAUUUUUACUCGUAGAAUUGCAGCUUAGGAAAUGUAUUAAUUUUUACUAUUAAAAAAAAAAACUAAAAAGAAAUUAUAAAAAAAAAAAAACAAAAAAGAACAUCAAAUGUGUUCUACCGAAAUACUUUAGCGAAUGAAGUAUUUCGGUAAGGGAAAGAACCUUCC